GGCGGCGGCGUCAUCAGUUGCCGGGCAGAUGGAGCUGGAGCAGUUUGGAGCGGCGCGUGCGGCGGGGGCGGGGCCGGGGGCGGGGCCGAGGGCGGGAGGGGGCGGGGCCCCGAAAGUGAAACCGAAAGGCGGCGCGACGGGACCGUGCUGCGAGGGUGCCGAGCAUCGACCAGGGGAGCUGCACUGGGAGCACUGGUCUUUACUGGUGAACACCCCGGCCAUGGCGCUGCUCCCCGCCGUCCGCCUGUCCUGCCUCCUGCUCCUGGUUGACGUGGUGCUGCUGGCGGCGCUGGCCCGGCUGGCCCCGGCACUGGCCUGGUUGGGCCUGGUAGCCACCUGGCUGGAAGCCGGCCUGCGGCUACUGGCGUUCACAGUGGCCGGGUGGCUACUGGCACCAGGGGGUCCCCGGGGAGCUGCUGUCGUCCUCAGCCUCACCCCCCCGACCUUCCUCACCCUCCGGAGCCUCCUGGUGCCGCACAGUGCCGCCCCAGUGCUGCUGGCCACGGCCGUGCCCCAUUGGUUGGCCUUGACCCACGGUGCCACCACCGCGGUGCUGCUGGCUUGGGCCGCGCCGGCACCUGGCAUGGCCGUGGGCACCGAGUCACCGGUGGCCGUGAGGCGGCUGUUGGCGCUGGCGUGGCCCGAGUGGCCUGUCCUUAGCGGCGCCUUCCUCUUCCUGGCGUUGGCCGUGCUGGGUGAGACCGCGGGGCCGUAUUGCACCGGCAAAGCCCUGGACGCCAUCCGGCGCGGCGAUGGACUCACCGUCUUCACCGUCGGCCUGGUCCUCGCUGCCGAUUUGGGCAGCUCGCUGUUUGCCGGCUGCCGCGGGGGUCUCUUCGUCUUCGCGCAAGCCCGGCUCAAACUGAGCACCCGCCACCAGCUCUUCUCCCGCUUGGUGCGCCAGGAUCUGGCCUUCUUCCAAGGGACACCGGCAGCUGAGCUCUCUGCCCGGUUGGCCAACGACGUGCCCUUGCUGUGCCGGGCGGUGCCGAGCAGCAUCAACAUAGCGUUGAGGAGCUUGGCCAUGGUGUUGGGGUUGGGUGGCUUCAUGGUGGGGCUGUCACCCCGCCUGGCGCUGCUGGCGCUGCUGGAGGUGCCCCUCACCAUCACUGCGCGCAAAGUCUAUGACGCCCGGUACCAGGUGCUGCAGCGAGGCCUGCUGGACGCCACGGCCAACACGGCGGCGGUGGUGCAGGAGGCCGUCUCCUCCAUCGAGACGGUGCGGAGCUUCGCCGGGGAGGAGGAGGAGGAGCGCCGCCACAGCCGGGCGGUGGCCGAGAUGCUGGGGCUGAAGGACCGGAUAGAUGUGGAGUGGGCGCUCUUCACCCUCAUCCAGCGGGCGCUGCAGCUGGCGGUGCAGGUGCUGGUGCUCUGCAACGGGCACCGGCAGCUCCGCGAGGGGACCAUCACCGCCGGCGACCUCGUCACCUUCCUCCUCUACCAGGGUAAAGUCGGCCGCUACGUGCAGGCGCUGGUGUUUGGCCACGGGGAUUUGCUGAGCAAAGCGGCAGCCGGUCACAAGAUCUUGGAGUAUCUGGACAAGGAACCCACCGGGGUCACCGGGGGCACGCGGGCGCCCGCCACACUGCGGGGCCACGUCGCCUUCCAACACGUCUCCUUUGCCUACCCCACGCGCCCCGAGCACCUCGUCCUGCAGGACGUCUCCUUUGAGCUGCGCCCCGGCGAGGUGACGGCGUUGGCGGGACUCAACGGCAGUGGGAAGAGCACCUGCGCGGCGCUGCUGGAGCGAUUCUACGAGCCCGAGGCCGGGGAGGUGCUGCUGGACGGGCUGCCACUGCGGGACUACGAGCACCAGUACCUCCACCGCCAGGUGGCGUUGGUGGGGCAGGAGCCCGUGCUUUUCUCCGGCACCAUCCGGGACAACAUCGUCUUCGGGCUGGAGGGCUGCGGGGAGGAGGAGGUGAGGGCGGCCGCCGCCGCUGCCGGCGCCCUGGGCUUCAUCUCGGCGCUGGACCGGGGUUUCGACACCGACGUCGGGGAGAAAGGGGGGCAGCUCUCGGCUGGGGAGAAGCAGCGCAUCGCUAUCGCCCGGGCCCUGGUGCGGCGACCCACCGUCCUCAUCCUCGACGAAGCCACCAGCGCCUUGGACGGGGAGGGCGAGGCAGCGCUGCAGCAGUGGGCGCGGAGCGGGGGGACCAGGACGGUGCUGCUCAUCACCCACUGCCCGCGGAUGCUGGAGGCGGCCGACCGCCUCGUGGUGCUGGAACGCGGCGCCGUGGUGGAGACGGGGACGCCUGCCCAGCUGCGGAGCCGCCACGGGCCCUACAGCCGCCUGCUGCAGCGCUACCCCAGCGCGGGGCAGCCAGAGACCCCGGGGAUGGGCUGCAGGGAGCAGGGGCCGACUCCUGCCCCGGCAGACGCUCCCGGCGGGAGGGAGAUUUGUACGAAAUAAAGCAGAAUUGGUUCGGAGAGGAGCUGGCGGGGCUGCGGGGGCCGGGGGGGGAACAGCCCGGCCCGGCUGCAGGGUCUCGGGCGCUGAAGCCCCACAUUCACCCUCCGGUUGUCGCUGCCGCCGUGGGAAGCGCGUGGCGCUGACCUCAGUGUGACAUCGUUAUUCUGCCGGCCUCCCCCUCGUGAUAUCACGACCUGGGCACGCUGCUGUGUGGGGCAUCUCUGUACCUACAGCAGCCCACGGCUGCCCCUUGGGAUCCUGGAAGGAUCUUCACUUCCAUGAAGCGCCCGACUUUCAAGUCAAGGCCAGGGACACACGGAGCCUCCGGACCGGCCGCUUCUCCCUCUCGGUUCCCCUUGGGUCCCCUCGGCUCCCAACACGCCAACUGGGAUCCCCCCGUCACUCCAGAAAUCCAGAUGUGUCCUGUCCCCUUGUACCCCGAUGCCAUCAGGGGUCAGUGUGCACCAGUGUCCACCAGGGCCUUCUAUUUCCAGGGGACUGAUGUCCCAGGCCAUCAAAUCCCUUUGUCCUUUGCCUCGGGGCAGGAGGGCUUCUUCUCAGCGCCUCUUUAUGUAGCCUCGUAUCGGGAGAGCUUCUCCUCAGCUCCCGUCUACGUGGCCUCAGAGCUCACCACGGCCACCACAGGGACAAGGAUGCCCAGCCACGUCCCGAAGAAAAGGUGCCCAGUCCCCCCUCAACCCCCUCUUUUCCCUUGUUGUCGU